AUGCCGCGAUCGUAUCUUCAUCUCGACCCUCCGUCGCCGUCACCAUCGCCCUUGACACUGUCACCGCUCGUAGAUCCGUCGCUUCCCAUCCACAAAAUGACGAGCGCUCUCUCGCCCUCGAUGGUCAAUGUCCAGCCCCCCUUUGCAGAUGCCGGUCAUCUCAAAGCAGGCCAUCUCCAUUCGAAAUCUCGCACUUCCUGCCCCUCACCUCAAAAGAAGCAGCGAAACUCUUCGCCCAAGAAAGCUUCCGCCCUCUCCUCCGCCUCACCUGCGCCUUCCGCAUCAUCCACAUCAUCGGCGCUCAAAAAGGCGAGGAGAACCUUUAAGCGCACUUCCAGCACCGCCAGCAUCAUGGACACCGUCAUGAACUCGAGAGCCGCCACCGAUCACGAUGCAGCACCUCCUGCCCAGCCCUUCUCCAGCUUGGACGUCUUCGACUACACCCGUUCGUCUCCCUUUGCAUCGUCGUCACAGACGACACUUGCCGAUCUCGAGAACGAGCAGCUCGUCAAGGUGCUCUCGACACCGCGCCGCGGCAAGCGCGUCGGCAACGUCGACAUGGGUUGGGCAUCGCCCGUUGGCGACCGCACCCCUAUCGCUCCUAAGGUCGCUGCGGCUGCACCCCACACGCUGCCCAAGAUGGCGGGCUCGUCUCGCUCCUCGAUCAGCGCUGCCACCAACGCAUCUCCUACCAAGCGCAAAGCCUCGACUGCCUUUGCAUCAGAGCUGCGCACCUCUCAACGCAGCCUUGUCGAUACAGCUGGCUGGGCUUCGGCCGCCAUGAUCAGCUCGGUGCCCCUCUCGGAAGAUCGAAGCAAGAGCUCGCCCGGCUUCUCCCCACGCUUCGUGCCUGAGCCCGUGAUGUCCGGCCUCGCAUUGGCCGAGACGCGUGAUCCCUUCUCGGCCUUCACAAUCGAGGACUCGCCCGUGGUUGUUCAAAGCGCCAAAUUGGUACCCGUCGAGGUGGAAGGCCUAGGUCGAGUCGCUGUUCAUCGCGACUUUGCCCAGCAGAUCUCGGAUCAUCCUCCCUCUCCCAACCAUUUCGCAUCCAGACGAUUCUCGUGCUCAUCGGAUCGGGAUGCCGCGCUGCUCAGAUGCUCCGACUCGGAAGACUCGGCAGCACGCAGCGAAAAUGGCUCCUCGACGGACCCCACCUCGGUGGGUACACCGUGUCCCUCAGGGAUCUCUCCGAGCUUCUCGCUCUCCUCCCAGUUCCCCGCAUCUGAGCCCGCCUCGCCCGUCAAGAAGCUGGCCAUGUCGAAUCGAGACUCCGACGACAUCACUGCCGAAGCACAACGAGCGUUGAUGGCUCUAAUGCGAAUGGGUCCUGUAGACGUCAACGCCCAGCAAUCAGACGACAAGCACUACCGUCCACGACUCGGCGGCAGCAGCUCUGCGCCCCACCUGCCUACGCUCGACUGGCCCGACUGCCCGACUGGACCCUGGUCUGCCGCUGGUCGUCACCUUGACGAGCUCAAGCAGAAGCGUCGACUGGGCAUUCAGCGCUGGCUUGAAGCCGACUCAAGCGACGAAACCGAGGCUGACGCCAAGGAGCCUUCGGGUGCAGCCUUCCGCCACCACCCCAUGGUGGCCAAGGCUCUGCUCGAUCGCGCUCGCAAACACCAGCAUGCUCAGCUCUCGGCGGCUGCUGCAGCGGCCAGUGCACGAACCCCGUCCAAACGUGGCAGAAAAUCGAAACAUCAGCAGCUGCUGCGCGUCGCUGAAACAACUCCUAAGCGUCGUGGUCGCAAACCCAAGGUGACCGCCUCAGUUGCCAGCUCGUCGCGCAAGUCGGUGGCAACGGGUGCCUCGUUGGCGCGAUCCAACACGAGCGCCAUCUUCGGCUGCAAGUGCGGCAUCGACGACGACUCGAUCAUCAUGGUUCAGUGCGAUGGAUGCAAGCACUGGCUCCACCUGCCGUGCGUGGGUAUCAACACGGUCAAAGACCUCGACGACGAAUGGUACUGCGACGACUGCUGCGACGCUGCGCUCACCGAGCACCUGUCACCCGCCUCGUCCAUGCCUGCAUCGGUCUCUUCGUAUGCUCAUCUCAGCACGCCCGAGGGGCUCGAGGCCGUGCUCGCAGGCCAAGAACCCGUCUUCACCCUCCCAAGCGGUACGCCUAUCCACCGUCACGGCGUUGCAGUGUCGUCCUCGAUCGCACUGGCACCCAGCCCACCGCUCCUGUCCGUUGGCGACCGUGGCGGACGAAGCACCGUCAAGCGUCAAGGCCAGGGACGUUCGCGAGCCGAACGUGUUGGCUGGAGGGUGAACGAGCCCGGAUCGCCGCUGGCUCGCAAGAGCACUACAGCCUCGUCCGGUGUGCGACCUGCUGUGCCCGAGACUCCUUCCAAGCUGAGCGAGGCAACCGCCGAUUACACCGAAGCAAGCACCACACCCAGCCUGCUUGCCGGCUUCUCACGUGCCGAUUGGGAGCCUACGCGCGUAAGCCAAAGGUCCGAACGUCAGACGACACCGCCUCGCAUGGUGGGCAUGAGCACUCCCAGCCGACACGCCUCGGGACGCAAGGCCAGUCACUCAGGGCCGCUCUCGCUGGGUCUUGGGGACGACGAAGCGGUGCAUCCCGAUGUGUUUUCGACGCCAUCGCGCCUCGCUUCGGGCGGCUCAUGGGCAUACCGCGCGGGUGCUCAGCCUCUCGGCAGCCAGACCCCGUCGCGAUCGGGCGGCCGUCACCAGCGUGUCGACUCGUUCAGCGGCGGACUUCUUUCAACGCCUGGCCGCGAUUUCCUCUCCGGCGCUUUCGGCACCGAGCCCUCCACGAGCAUGCCCAGCCUGGUGUACAGCAGCGGCUACGUGGAUGGCUUUGAUGACCACCUGGGCAGCGAAGCCUUCUACAGCGGCAGCAACAGCCGUGCCUGGCAGCUGCAAUCGCCCACGUCGAGCACGCGUGCAGCACGCGCCCGCCAGCCGUCCGGCCUCGGCACACCGUGGUCGAGUUCGCUGCUAAAGACGCCGGAGCUGCAACCCCGUCAGGUCAACACUUCGUCGAUGCGCGGUGGCAGGUUUGAUGCGAGCGAUGAUUUCCCUCCGUCUUCUUCCCCAUUCCCUCGUACGCCGACGUUUGACAUGUCCAGCCCACGCUUUGUUGGUCACCACAGCUCGCACCAUGCGUACGGUGGCGCGCACGAGAGGCAACCCAGCCACCUCGGCCUGGGUCUGCCCUCUGGUGCUAGCUCGUCGGCGCGACUGCACAAGGCAUUGGGCGGCGACCUCAACAAGAACAGCCGUGACCAUCGAUCGCUGAGCAUCUCGAGCGCCAGCGGGAACGCCAAGCACCGCCAAGUUUCGACCGAUGUCCCCAUGGGUCUGGGCAUUGGAUUGGAUUUGGACGAUGUUUUGGACUGGUCUUGA